AUGAAAACUACCUGUGGGAGGAUGCAUGGAAUCCUGUCCUUUCGAACCGCCUCCACCACUUCGUGGACCUCCGGAUACUGCGCAAUCAAUGUCGCUACUGGAAGUCUGAUCUAUCAAGCGAAAGGAGAACCCGCAUUGGCCAAGACACUGAUCCCUGAUUUGCGUGGCUGUCGAGUGCGCACUUUGUUCGACCCUGAACUCCAAACUACUUAUCUUAGCGUCCACACGUUCACCUCCGGACUUGGGAUACAACUACGCCCUCACGUUAACGAAACCUUUGACUCAUGGCUUGCUGCUCUACUUUGCUGGCAACCUAUCCGACCAAAGGGUGUACAAAACAAAAUGACCAAGCCCCAAGAGGUCGUGAUUGGAGACCGCCGAAUCCCCGAACGUCGGCGCAAUUCCGAAAGCGCAGCACAAAAGGAUGCAACUAUCAUCAAAGUUGGUAAGAUGCUUCUGUGGAAUAAGCCAUCUGCUUCUGGAGCAAUGCCUAUAUCUGGACGCCGGGUGUCUACGUAUCGUCAAUCAAGGGCAUUGUCGUCAUCAUGGCAGAAAGUGAGCUGCACACUACAAGAGAACGGAUUCUUCAAACUUUACACCGAGACCGAUGUAUCUCUCUUGGCAUGCGUUCAACUGUCUCAAUUAUCUCGCUGUGCUAUCCAGCAGUUGAACCCGUCCGUUCUCGAUGAUGAAUUCUGCAUUGCUAUUUACCCACAGUAUGCGGCACACCCAGUACCAGACUCGAAUGUUCGCCCAAUAUACCUCGCGCUGGAAAGUCGCGUACUCUUUGAGGUUUGGUUUGUCCUUCUACGCGCCUUCACAAUUCCAGAACUCUAUGGCCCUGCAUCUAAACCCGAAGAUCCCAAGAAGACACCAGAAGCCGAUGCCUCCGCGACUCCCCCACUCAAAGACAUGUUUCGGAUUGAGCGAUUCCUAAAUUUGAAGAUUGUCGAGGCCAAAUUGUUCCGCGCCAAAGAGGAGGAAACCCCGCGAAGCCGAAAAGCGUCAAGAUCCCAUGGCCACGGUCACAAUCAACAAACUCCGGCCUCCAAGGUCAGCGACUAUUACACAGAAGUGCUUCUGGAUGGGGAAAUUCGCGGCAAGACUGCUGUCAAAUACCGCACCAUGAACCCCUUCUGGCGAGAGGAUUUCCUCUUCACUGAUCUACCACCAGUUCUAUCCCAAGCUUCCAUCCUUGUCAAAACCCUCAACCCGACUCAGAAGGAUUGGACACUCAUCGCCCAUGGAACAUACGCCUCCAAUCAAGACGUGAACGCCGUGAACGCCGUGAACAUGUUGGAUGAGAUCGAAAUUUCUGCGAACGACGCCAUCUUCGGUCGGGUAGACAUGCGCCUCGAGGAACUGGAUGCUGGUGUGGAUACUGAAAAAUGGUGGCCAAUUCUGGACGACCAAGACCAAGCAGUGGGCGAGAUGUUCAUGAGAGCUCGAAUGGAGGAAACCGUUGUCUUGAUGUCCGACGAAUAUGCACCAAUGUCGGAGAUCCUCCACUCUUUCACCAACGGUCUCACGAUCAACAUGGCUCAAGUGAUGUCGUCAGAACUUACACAUUUGGCCGACAUGCUUCUGAACAUCUAUCAAGUCUCAGGGUCAACGGUGGAAUGGAUCUCGGCACUGGUUGAAGAUGAAAUCGACGGAGUUCACAAAGAAUCCACUACCAACCGAUUGAGAUACACGACGAGGAUACAUUCCAACAACACCCAGGAGUCAGGCCAGGAGCGUGAAGUCCUUGCUCUGGACCUCCACAUGCGUCGCCUAGGCAAGCAGUAUCUUGAAGACACCAUCGCGGAACGACUACGUGAUAUCGAUGAAAGCGAUCCGGAAUGCGAAGUCGACCCAUCUCGUGUUCCACGCCACGAGGAUCUUGAGCGCAACUGGCGAAACCUUACGGCGCUCACCACCAGUGUAUGGAAGUCCAUUGCCGGGUCAGCAUCAAGGUGUCCCCCGGAAUUGCGUCGCAUUUUCCGGCAUGUCAGGGCUUGUGCAGAUGACCGCUAUGGAGACUUCUUACGCUCUGUAACGUACAGCAGUGUUUCUGGUUUCCUGUUCUUGCGGUUCUUUUGUCCAGCCAUCCUCAACCCGAAACUCUUCGGGCUUUUGAAGGAUCACCCUCGUCCUCGCGCUCAGCGCACCCUCACGCUAAUCGCCAAAGCCUUGCAGGGACUGGCCAAUAUGACGACGUUUGGUAACAAAGAACCGUGGAUGGAGCCAAUGAAUAAAUUCCUUGUUGGUCAUCGCUCUGACUUCAAAGAAUUUGUCGACUCCAUUUGUGCAAUUCCAGCCGAUCGACCAGCUCCCAUCGUCACACCUUCCUACACCACCCCUAUCCAAAUCCUCGGAAGAUUGCCUCCGACAUCGCGCGAGGGUUUCCCCAGCCUUCCGUUCCUUAUCGAUCAUGCUCGAUGCUUCGCAAACUUGAUUCGUGUGUGGCUUGACGUGGCCCCGGGUCGGCUAAACGAACUAGGGGAACUUGAUGUCAACCUUGCGAAGUUCCACAAAGCAGCCCUUGACCUGCGGGCACGGACCGAGGAGUGUCUCAGUCGAGCGGAGCAAGCCGAGCGGCCUAGCGGCAGUCUCGAGAUCAAGUGGGAAGAGCUGGUGGACUCAAUGGAACGGCCCGUAACCUUUUACGACGAACGCUCGAGCCAGCCAUCGACCCCUGCCGCCGAUCCCAUGAUGUCCGGCUCUGCGCCGGCCCCGAAUAGUCACCGCAACUCCAUCGGCUACUUUGCUUCGCGGCCUGCAAUGCCCCGUCGUUCCACCGACCAUGCGCCUGAUGCUGAUGAGGAUACACCGCCAAGCUCGUCGUCCGCUACUUGGGACCAAAGCCGCAUUCCUUUUGCCAUUCCACGUUGGUCUGAUGCACGCGACAGCACAGGAAGCUCCAAAAACUCCUCAACCUAUUCACUGGAAUACUCCGAGACCUCCAAAGCGCGCAGGGCCAGCGUCACCAAGGAAUCAUCCAGCAAGUAUCGUUUCUUCGACUUCGUCCCCGCCCCAUCUCGACGCAAACACAAGGACCGUGACCAGUCUCAAAACAACCACUCGCAUGAGGAUCUGCGCAAUGAAUCUUAA